AUGGGGAAGAUCAUCUUCUACGAGGACAGAAACUUUCAGGGUCGGCACUAUGAGUGCAGUAGUAACUGCACAGACCUGCAGGCUUACUUCAGCCGCUGUAAUUCCAUCCGGGUCGAGAGUGGAUGCUGGGUGCUGUAUGAGAAACCCAGUUACAUGGGAUACCAGUAUAUUCUGACCAGGGGAGAGUAUCCCGAAUAUCAGCGAUGGAUGGGAUUCAAUGACAACAUCAGAUCAUGCCGUGUAUUUAGAAAUCCUAGAAGUGAUAUAUAUAAGAUGAAGAUUUACGAGAGACCUGACUUUGGAGGACAGGUGAUGGAAUUCAUGGAUGACUGCCCAUCCGUCUAUGACCGUUUCCGCUACCGUGACAUCCACUCCUGCAACGUGAUGGACGGCUACUGGACCAUGUAUGAGCAGCCCAACUACAGAGGCCGCCAGUACUUCAUGAGACCCGGAGAGUACAGACGAUUCAGCGACUGGGGCGCUUCCAGCUCAACUGUUGGAUCUUUUAGAUGUAUAAGGGAUUUCUAA